CGGGGGAAGUAAUCGAGCGUCAGGUCAGGGAAAACGCAGGCACGUACAUGUUGUAUACUCCCUUUAUUGACCGUCAUUGUGUUUCGUCCUAGCCUUUUGUGAACGUGAUAAGCUUUCCUGGCAAAUCACUGCACUGGCAUUUCUUGGCAUUUAGUCACAACAGCCAGUUGCUAUAUGUACACGUAUGGUGCAAUGCGCCCUGUGUUCAGAAUAAACUCGGGACCUCCAUGCACAUGCUAUCGAUGUUCACGUAUAAAGCCUAUACUCUUGGUUUGGCCGCUCUGUCGGAUGUGACCAGAGUUUCAAUCUUCCCGGGUGAUUCCCUCCACUGAUGGCCUUUUGAUUGUAGUGUUGCUAACUCGAAAAGUCUGAAUCAAUUAAGGCAUCGGACUUGCAAGUGACAGCCUCAACGGGCUGCAAAACACCAGCAUUUGUCCAAAGAGCGUCCCAGUUCUAUCAAUGAGAAAUGUUCACUCAAGUGACACCAGCUGACCCUCACCGAUGACCAACCGUUGACUUGCUACCAAUGUGGACAGACUUUCGGAGAUCGGUUCAGCAACAAGCGACACAAGACCCACAUGGGUGAAAAACCGCACGCCUGCGAUAUCUGUGGGAUAUCAUUUGCACGAAAUAGAAACCUCAAGCAACACAAGUUGACCCACACGAAUGAGAGACCGUACAGAUGCGACAUCUGCGGACAAUCGUUCACGCAGAAUGGAAGCCUCAAGCGACACAUGAUGACCCACACCAACGAGAAACCGCACGCAUGCGACAUCUGCGGGAAAUCGUUUGUGCUGAAUGAUUACCUGAAGCAACACAAGAUGACACAUAUCAAUGAAAAACCGUACGCAUGCAACAUCUGCGGGAAAUCGUUCACGUGGAAUGGAAACCUCAAACAACACAAAAUGACCCAUACCAAUGAGAAACCAUACGCAUGUGACAUUUGCGGGAAAUCGUUUGUGCGGAAUGAUAUCCUCCAGCGACACAAGACGACCCACACCAAUGAGAAACAGUACGCAUGUGACAUUUGCGGGAAAUCGUUCUUGCAGAAUGGAAGCCUCAAGCUUCACAAGAUGACCCACACCAGUGACAAACCGUACGCAUGCGAUAUCUGCGGGAAAUCGUUUGUGCACAGUGGAAACCUCCAGCGACACAAGAUGACCCAUACAAAUGAGAAACCGUACACCUGUGAUAUUUGCGGAAAAUCGUUCACGCAAAAUGUAAGUCUCAAGCGACACAAGAUGACUCACAUGGAUGAAUCACAUUUGACAUAUGUGGACAAUCUUUACCCCGACAAAUCAGUAACAGACAAUAUGGCGGACUCAGUCCAAAGCAACACUGUAGUGAAGAAACGCAUCCGCAAAGCAGCCCCUAAGAUACCAUCACCUUGUGAAAUUUGUGGCAAGAUCCUGUCCAGUAAACCAGGCCUCACGCGACACCUACCACGCCAUGCCGACGCAAAACCGUAUUCCUGCGGCCGUUGUGGCGAACGUUUCCGCCUGAGCGCCAAUCUGAAGCAGCACAGGAAGACUCACGCUGGCGACAAACCGCACAAGUGCGACUUCUGUGAGCAAUCUUUCAGAUUGAAAGGCAGCCUCAGGGUCCACGUUAGGAUCCACACCAAUGAGAAGCCGUACACCUGUGACGUGUGCGGCAAAUCAGUCGCGAGUAUCAGCACCCUUAUCAGACACGUACAAGUUCACACCAAGGAAAAGCCGUUCCCUUGCGACCGUUGCGGCCAACGCUUCACUCGGUUAUUCGGCCUCAAGAAGCACCAGCAAAGGCACGUCAACAGGCUCAAGUCUGAGCUGCCGUUUAAGUGCGAUUGCUGCGAUAAAUCCUUCCAAUUUCCUAAAUACCUCAAAGUGCAUCGGCUAGUCCACACCAAGAGGGAGCUGUACACGUGCGACAUCUGCGAUGGAUCUUUCACACUGAAAUGGAACUUGAAGCGGCACAGGAUCACCCACCAUAGUGACGACAGGCCGUUCGCGUGCGACUUCUGCGGGAAAUCUUUCAAAUACAAGUAUAACUGCAAAGCACAUCGGGGAAAACACACGAAUGAGAAGUGAGAAACCGUGUACUUGGGACGUGUGGCAUAUUCUUUUUCGGCUACUUGGCGAACAUGGCCGAGUUCGAAAAUCAUGCCGAUGAUACACCAUCAUUGUUGCGAUGUGCGAGCUGAACUUGUCACAACAGCUGAACAUGUCCCCUGAGUCAACGCGUGACUGACAUCUCGCGCCCUGAUUGGUGUAUUUACAAGGUUAUUGUACUUUGUAGCACGCGCAUUAACCUAACUUGCGCGUUGGUACGGACUGAUUUUAACGGCGCCUCUGGUUGGACAAGAGAAACUUCCUCCAGGCAAAAGUUAACUAAUACGUCGAUCGUGAUUGGUUAUCAGUUUACCAUGCAUGGCGUAUAAGCUGCAUGAAAACAAAUUAAGAAAUGCCCCGUUUGAAUUUCAUUAAAGAUUUUUUUAUUUCAUCGAGUCUUAUUAAUGUUCCAAAAUGUUCUGAUUGUCCAGUUAAUUGAUCACUACACGAAAACUUCUUGGUUGUGAUUCACAUUCACUUGCACAUUUUAUAUGUAUAUAAUCGUUGUGUUAUACUAUCCUACGCUGUCGAAUGUCUGUCUGUCUGUCUGUCUAAUGUCUGUGUCACUGUUUUCAAAGGCCUAAAAACUUCGUUUAGGGUACAUGUACUUAACCGGUGUAUAUAAUAUAUGCACCGAUUUCACUGUCCACUGAAGUCACAGUUUGCACAGGAAAAAAAUAUUUGUUUGUUUUGCUUCAUACUUGUUUGGCAAAUGUGGUUUUUUUACUUUGAAGAGUUCACUAAUUUCUCUAUGAAAAAAACUCCAAAACGUAUGCAUUUCGAAACCGUACUGUAUAAUGAACACCUCAUAACUACGUCAAUUGAGGGCGCACUGACCAGCUAGAGGGUGCCGCGCAAAGCGCGGCAUCUGGCUAGUUGAGUGAGUUCAUCUUACCCAUUCGCUGUUUUGAUUUGGUGAGGCGUGAUAAUGAUGGAGAUUAGAUUUACCCAAUGAAAACAAAGAAUUUUGUUUAUGUACCAUGUAACUAUAGUCUGAAGAACCUCGUAUUAACGAGAGUCAACUGUGUACAGACACAAGUCUUGUUCAAUUUCAUUAAACAGAACAUUUAUUGCCAUACAUUUUAACAGUAAAAGCGAUACGAGGAUGAUAUAUACAAUUAUGAAAACACUUAGGUACCAUCGUGCUCAGUGAAGAAGAAAAAGAAAAGGUAAAUAAAAUGCAUGACAUGUACCAGAUGAAGGCAUGGAGGCGCUGUACCUGCCUUCUAUGCUAGAAAAUGAGAUAUUUGUAAAUUUGAAAGUACAGUGUGUAUAAAAAAAGGAUUUUAGAGAAAAUAAUAUUAAAAUACUAGCUCAUCUGUUGUUUAAUAAUAA